GUCUGAUGUUUCGUUUGUUUUCCAAGUCCAGGGAUGCACAACAGGAGGCGCAAAGCAACGGCUGGGGUACAAACAGUCACAGCAAGCAGCCCAUCCUACAGAUCUUGCUCUUGCAUCCAUCUAUCUAUCCUGUGUUGCGUUCGUGGCUGGUGGGUGAUCUGAUCAGGAGGCUGUGCCCGCGAUUCGCGAGAAGGCGCGACGUGUGACAGAAUUGCUGAAGAAGCUGAGCAAGUGCCGUGCCGAGGGCGCCACGGGAGACGAUGCGGCAUUGCAACUGACUCAGAGGCUGAUAGAGAUCAACCCCGACUUUGCCUUCGUGUGGAACUUCCGGCGAGAGAUCAUCAGGACGCUACUCAAGCAAGGGCCCGAGAGCGAUGUCACUGAGGAUGAAGGCGGCGGCACCGGCGGCCUGCUGUGCGAUGAGCUGUCGCUGCUCGAGGGUGCCCUAUCGCAGUCUCCCAAGGCUUACUGCCUGUGGUUCCACCGAUGGUGGACACUCCUCAUGCAGGUAAGUAACGUACAUAAAGGGUCCUCCCUCCCCCCGUAUAUUUAUAUGUGCGCUACCCGGGCGGAGCGGGCUACCAACCGACCGACCGACUGCCUUGUUGUGACUGGCCGUCCCCUCCCCUGUUCUCCUGUCUGUCUGUCUGUCUGUCUGUCUGUCUGCAUUAUAUCAGGGUGUCGGAAGGGACCUGGGACGUGAGUUGGAUCUGUGCACCAAGCUGCUCACUGUCGACGAGCGCAACUUCCACUGCUGGAACCACCGGCAGCUCAUUGUCGCCAUGCGAAAACAUGCUGGCAACACCACGACACCGGGCCAUGACGCAAACGGGCAACAAGAGGACACCGCCACACGUAAGCGUCACGCAAAGUCAAACAACUAACUGAUCGGGUGCGUGUGGGGAACGCUGGCUGGGUGGUGUGUCGAUUGUAUGGCGUCCGUCCGUCCAUGAGUCCAUCAGGAUGGCUGGAUGAUGAUCUUGGCUUCACCUGCGACAUGAUCGAGAGAAACUUCAGCAACUACUCGGCCUGGCACUUAAGGGCACUGACACGCACACAACUGAGCUGCCGGCCCGGCCAGCACACAACCACAGGGGCCACCACCAGCUGCCAGCAGGAGCUGCAAUGGAUCAAACAGGUACCGACGUACGUACGCACGGAUACAUACAUACAUGCAUUUAUUGGUUGUGUGUACAUUAAUUACAUGGGACUCGACGUCGAGAGAGAAGCCAAGGCAGGACAGAACAGCUUAGCCAACCAACCAGCCAGCACCCAGUCGACUCUGCUGUGAUGUGUUGUUGCGUGUGCAGGGCGUCUACACCGAGCCCAGCGAUCAGUCCCUGUGGUUAUACCACUGCUGGCUCCUGCACCAGGCGGGACGGCCGCCACUGAGGUGAAGAAAUGAAUGGCUGUUCGGUUCGAUCCUAUACAUAUAUUCCCCUCCCCUCCCCUCCCUCCAACCGCUACGGCCCCUUCUGCUUUUCUCUGUGACCGCAGAUUGGUGGGUGCGGUCGUGGAGUCGAGGAGCGAGCCAGACAAGGGUGAUUGCAGGCAGUCCGUCCUGCUCUUCUUCUCUGCUGCUUGCUCCAUCGAUGCGACUAGAAGCCGUGUCGACAUCCACCAACCGGAAGGAGAUGUGCAUGCUAGGACCUCCGGUGCAUUCUCGCCUCUUGACGCCGAUGCAGCCUCUCAGCGGCGGAACUCGCGCAUCCCACGACAGCAGCGUCCUUUGCAGCCCUCGUCUGACGCAUGGAGGUUCGACCUGGACGACGGCGUCAGCGUCCCCGGCCGAGCAACCGUCAUCCUUCACCUCAGAUUCACCGCCCAUGGUGGCAGCCUCCCAUCGUUCUAUCAGGCAUGCUUUCUUCCAACCUUGGGCAUAGGAGGCGACACCACGCCGCCGGCUGCACACGAGCCCGCUCUCGAGGUCACAUACCAAUGCGACGUCCCUGGCAACCCACACCGCGGGAGUGUCCUCCACCUGAGCGUGAAGGACAGCUGCCGAGCGGCCUACUGUAUUGGUGGGGGCGGGUCGAGUGUGCGGGACGAGAUGCAGCCCUCCGAUGGUGCACUGCUGGAGCAGGAGCUGGCUGCCGUAGACGAGCUGCUGCAAAUCGAACCCAACUGCUACUACGCCGUCCUCGCAAAGUGAGUCUGUCAGUGCCAGGGAGGAAGGGAGUGGUACAGGCAGGCAGGCAGGCAGGCAGCUAGGUAGCGCACCAGCGAGUGUACCCACCCACCCUGAGCGCCUGCAGGUGUUGGCUCCUUGAGUCGCUUCGUCCCCGCGACCCCCUCCUGUUGGCCAACUACAAGCGGCUGCAGACCCUCGACCCACUCAGGAGAGGCUUCUACCAAGACUGCUGGUCAAACGCACUCGUCAGGUACCCAAGUACACACACGCGUCGACCAGAGCGACAUAAUGUCAGCUGUGGCACACGCAGCCAGGCAGGCAGGCCACGGGGGCUGCUGUGCCACCAGCUUACCCGUCCCUAUCUGUCUGUCUGUCUGUCUGUCUGUGUGUAUGUGUCAGGAUGAAGGUGCUCGAGCAGGUAGAGCGGGCGACUGAGGGCCCAUUGGAGGCCAUCGACCUGAGCAGCCUGGGUCUGACUUGCUUGGGCGAGCAGCAACUGCUGCCAGCGCACGGUAUCAAACGAAUCGAUGUCUCCAACAACAGCAUCAGGUAGGGAGGGUGGCGAUGCAUCCACACACGGCACGGAUGUGGCCUGCCUUUGAAGCUAGUCCGUGGGCAAGCUGGCUCCUCGUCUCGCUGUGCAGGACCCUUGUCGGCUUGCGAUGGCUGACAAGCCUGGAGGAGGUGGUUGCGGACCCAGGUGUGCAGAAGCUACCCAAACUCAGAGGUAAAACAGGGGAAGCGAUGACCCUGGCUGCCACAACGGACAACUGGUGUGCUGUCCCAAAUGUUAUUUGUCAGGUUCUUCCAGCUGCCGAUAGAUAUUCCAUAUAUAUGUCCCUGUGUCUCUCCAUGGUGAGGGCACCUCCCGGGAUCCGUCGGAUCUAUGAGGUGUGUCACGACAUGAGACCGAUGACCGCAUGGGUGUAUGUAUGUAUGGAUGUAUGUGAACGGCAGUAGGU